AAACAAACGCCCUCAGUCUGGACAAACAGAGCGACAAAAACCUCCCAUUUGACACACUUUUGUUGUCCCAAACAUCAGCCAACAGUAAAUAGCAGCCACGCAUGCCUUCUGCCCUUUGACCACUUUUUAUAUUGGUGAGAGUUAUAAAGAUGAGCAGUGGACAAGAGUGGCUGCUCUGAAGAAGCAACAUGGAGCUCAGGUCACUGAAACAAGCAAGUCUGACUUUGUUAAUCGUUGUAGCCAGCAGCUAUGGACAACCAGCUGUAAAUCAUCAAACUGUUCCAGGUGCCAGUCUGAAAAUGGACCAGGCUUUGUUAGCGUUUCAUAACGAGCUGACAGAAGAAGUGCAGGUUUUCUACACAUCAGAUUACUGCUACAAGUGUUUAUACCAACGUUUAGUCACAGUGAAGCCCAACAACUGUAAUGCAUCUGUGGUGAUCAGCACUAAAUUCACUCUGACCAUGCAAGUGGAAUCACAGAUGAGGAAUGAAAGUCUUUGCAGGUGGAGUCAGACGUACGGAGAAGGAGGUCAUUAUUUUGUGUGCAUCCAGAGGUCAGAAGACACCAGUAAACCCAACUGCAUUCACACUGUGACUAAAAGAGCGAGCAAUGCAAACCUGCCUCUCCUGGUCUCAGCUCUCUUACUGGCCAUAAUCACACUGUUGUUCAAUGUGGCACUGUACAUCUACAGGAGGCGUUGUACAUCAAACUUUAUUAAGACCAUUUGCUGCCAAAGUCCUCAGCACUCAGUGGAUAAUGCCGAGUCUCAUGCUGGUGAAGCAGACCAAGAAACGACCAAAGUUAAACCAACACGUCUGCACUCACUGGACACUUUUAGAGGGUUUUCCCUCACAGUGAUGGUGUUUGUGAACUAUGGUGGAGGAGGCUACUGGUUCUUCCAACAUGCACCAUGGAACGGUUUAACUGUAGCAGGCCUUGUCAUGCCAUGGUUUGUGUUUAUCAUCGGGACUUCAGUGGUCUUAGCGUUCAGAUCCAUGCAGAGGAAAGGUGUGAGUCACCUCCAGCUGUUACGCAAAAUCACCUGGAGAACAAUCGUCCUGCUGCUGCUCGGCUUCUGCUUCCUCAACUACUCUCCAAGAGAUGGACCAUUGUCCUGGUCCUGGCUGCGGAUCCCUGGGGUGCUGCAGCGUCUGGCCUUCACCUACUUUGUUCUGUCUCUCCUGCAGACUUUGUGGAGACAGAGAGAAAUCCCACUGACAUCAACUCACUGGUGGAGUCAAGUCCAGGAUUUGGUUGUGUAUUGGCCCCAGUGGCUGAUUAUCAUCCUGCUGGAGACUCUGUGGCUGUGCAUCACUUUGCUCAUGCCUGUACCCAACUGCCCCACAGGAUAUUUGGGAGCUGGUGGUAUUGGUGAUAAUGGUCUUUACCCGAACUGCACUGGAGGCGCAGCAGGAUACAUUGAUAGAGUCAUGUUUGGUGAUAACAUGUAUAGAUACCCUACAUGCAAAGAAAUGUAUCAGACGACACAGCCCUUUGACCCAGAGGGCAUUCUGGGUACAAUCAAUUCCAUUGUCAUGGGAUUCCUGGGGAUGCAGGCCGGGAAAAUUAUCAUUUUCUAUAAGGGAAGAAAUGUCCAUAUCCUCUGUCGCUUCCUCAUGUGGGCUGUCCUCCUGGGAAUCUCUGCAGCCAUCCUUUCUAAGUGCACGCGAGACGGAGGAUUUAUACCUGUCAAUAAAAACCUUUGGUCGUUGUCCUAUGUGACAUGUACGGGCUGUUUCUCCUUCCUGCUGCUGGGAGCCAUGUUCUUUGUCAUUGACAUCAAGGGCUGGUGGGGUGGACAGCCAUUCAUAUACCCAGGGAUGAACUCCAUUUUUGUCUAUGUCGGCCACUCUCUCCUCGGUUUCUACUUCCCGUUCAGCUGGGAGAUGCACUUCCAGCAGAGUCAUUGGGAGUGGCUCUUCCAGAGCCUGUGGGGAACCUCACUGUGGCUGCUCGUUGCCUUCUUCUUAUACAGGAAGAAGUUUUUCCUUAAAAUAUGAACAGGAUAAUAGAUAGAUAAUCAUCUGGCCCCAUGCCACUUGGAGCAUUUCAUGGGUUUUUCAAAAUAAAAAGUAAAAACAAGCAACAACCUUAGUGAGGUAUACUGUAUGUUGUUCUAACAUCUGCUAUUGACUUAAAGGAAUAGUUGCCAUUAGUGUUGACCAUGCUGCCUGUUGGUAAAAAUCAAAUAUUACUCUAUUGGUUUGCUAUAUUUGAAAUACUUUUGAAAGUACAACUUGAACUGCAUCAUAAUACACUGUUGCACUUGUGUGUUACCUCUGAAGGAAGACCUGAACUAUCCAUUUUAUCACUUUUUUAAAUCAGCCCUUAAACUGUAGCACAGUGGAAAGUUAUGUAGCCUCUUCAAUCAUCAGCCAGGUUCCAAAUAAGAACCAGUGAAACAACAUCUCCCUGUCACUGUGGGCAGCUGAGGUUUCAUUUAAUGCUACUUGUUUUAUACUGAAGACACUGAUUAAUUCAAAUAUAUUGAGGUGGUACUUAACAAAUUAGACAGAGUGAUUCCACGACACACCAGGCAAGCCAUUAUUAGUCUGUUGCCAUGGUCACUUCUCCUGUGUGUGUGUGUGUGCGUGUGUUAAGGGGGUACCAUCUGCUGUUGAAGUGACAGUACUUUAGCAGGGGUCAAGAUGCACAAAUCACAAAGGAGGGUCAUUAAUGGGACUCACACUCAUUGUAUUAGAAAAUCAGAGAAAUUAUAUGCGUCCGAUUGAUUAGAAGACGAGCCCUCUCACACAUACACACAGAGCCAAACACAUUUAUGUUUUAUUUUUAAUGAUUUGAUGCACAAAGCAGCUCUAAUGAUAGUGAAACUGACUUCACCUCCAGACUCAAAGUAACAUCUCAUGGCUGACAGUCUGGAUGAGAAUAAAAUCUAUAUGGCAGUGUAGAAGUGGGCCCUCAGCUACAGGUCAGGUGGUGUGUACAUCAUGAAAUGACCAUCUAGCUAAUGAAAUGACGCAGCCUCAUGCUUCUCUUCCACAGUGAAAUCAAAUUACAUGCCCCUCAGAAGCUGUCAGAACGUUGCGUAAUAUGGCAGUGUGGUUUCGGUAACAGUGAACAGAGGAUGUUUUUGGAAUCCCACCAGGUGCAUCCUUCCGUCUUCAACAGGACUCAGGUCCAUUACUGCUCUCCAAAACUACUCGUACCGGCAAAGGAAACAUAAAUGCUUCUCUGUUUGUUGAAACAAAAUCGAUACAGAUUCACCAAGGAGGUCUAAAGAUAUCUUUUGUUGUAUUUGUAUGCAAUUAUGAAGUUUUUCUUUUUUUUACUUGGAUAUACACAUUUAGCUGACUCACUCAAAGUGAUGUGCAGGAACUGCGGCCACAUGAUGAGCACAUAGCUGAUGAAGAUCAUUGAGGUCAAAAUAAGAGCGUCUAGACUGUGGAGGUGAUGCAUAUUUUGCUUACAUUUCAGAUUGAAUUUCUGCUAAUGUCAUCCUGCAGUGCUGUAAACAUUCAUGUCGCUCUAUAACUUUGUCAGAAAGAGCCCAUAAGACGCCGCUGCGGUCCCACACAUUACACUUCCUUGCAUUUAUUGAUUCUCGCUGAGCAUACAGUAUGUCUCAGGAUACCUAUAGUCUGUCAUAUGGAAACUUUAUACCAGAUACAAUGUUCUCAUGCAAACCACUCGGCUUCUUAUAUUCACAAAAUGAUCCCCACGUUCUCCCUUGAUACCGCAAUCAGCAUUACAUUAAGCCCACUCCAUGGAGAAGGAGAACAUUUGAGCACAGAAUCUGCUUGUCAGAUCGUUUCUUCAAAAAUGCAUAAAAUACAUGUUUUCCAAAUAGAUAUGACAUAUUGUAUCUUGAGGCAAAUGCCUUUUCUUGGAUAAUAAUUUCAAGCAACAACUCCAUUUGAAAUGGAUGCAUGGUUUUAUGUGGAAACACACUGAGCACAGCUGGCAGAUAAAUCUGUUUUCAGUAUAAUGUUGUAUCGGAUAUUAAUCAUGAAUGUGGUGGCACAGAAUUUAAGAGAUAUUUAUAAAACCAAAGGAAAAGAGAUGGUUCACAAAGAUAAACGUGUAUGCACUGUUGGAAACAAGUUGCUGGAUCGCAGGAUUGUAAAACCUAAUACUGUAAUUCCACUCAAACUUUUUGAGGAAACUGAUUGCCUUGCAUCUCUUCACUUUAUGAACUCAAACAAUUUGAACAUGAUAAAUGGUUGGUUAAAGAUUUACAAAUUUACUACCUUCAUGGGAGCUCAAACCCUCUUUAUAGGAGCCCAGCUCCCAUUGGCUCCCAUGAACCCAGCUGUCUAGACAAGUAAUGCAACGUUAAAGGGCAGAUUAACAACACAUAACUUAUACUGAUGUACAGUAGCAACAAAAAUGGAAUGUCUUGCACAGAAGAUUACCUCUAACAAACACAAUUUACUUGAUGCUGGGUCACUGGAAUCCUGCUCUCAUGUUCAGUGUAAUGUAAUGUAGAUUUACU